CGGUGGCGGGGACGGACGCAGGCAGUGGGGCUGGGGCACGCGGGCUCCCUCCGCGGACGCACCGACUGGGGUAUCGCUGGCGUUGCGGCUUGCCCGAGAGCCUGGCUUGUGAGGUUGCGCGGAGUACAGGUGGAGUCCGCCCGAGCUUCAGGCUUUUUUGUCACCAUGAAGCUGCUCCACCCAGCCUUCCUCAGCUGCUUCCUGCUGACCUGGAUCAGCUUAUGGAGUUCUGUUCCUAAAGCUCACGCUGUGUCCACGGGGACGCCAGGCGUCAGUGCGGCCUUUUUCCUGCAGGACCUCCUGCAUCGCUACGGAGAGGGUGACACCCUCACCCUGCAGCAGCUCAAGGCCCUGCUCAACCACUUGGAUGUGGGUGUAGGCCGGGACAAUGUCACCCAGCCGGUGCAUGGACAGAGGAACCUCUCGACGUGCUUUAGUUCCGGAGACCUUUUUGCUGCCCACAACUUGAACAACCAGUCCCGGAUUGGAAGGAUUGAGUUCCAGGAGUUCUGCCCUACUAUCCUCCAGCAGCUGGAUUCCCGGGCCUGUGCUUCUGAGAACCAGGAGAACGAGGAGGAUGAGCAGACGGAAGAGGGGAAGCCAAGCUCCAUCGAAGUGUGGGGAUAUGGUCUCCUCUGUGUGACCGUCAUCUCCCUCUGCUCCCUCAUGGGGGCCAGCGUGGUGCCCUUCAUGAAGAAGACUUUUUACAAGAGGCUGCUGCUCUACUUCAUAGCUCUGGCGAUUGGAACCCUCUACUCCAACGCCCUCUUCCAGCUCAUCCCCGAGGCUUUUGGCUUCAACCCUCUGGAAGAUUAUUAUGUCUCCAAGUCUGCAGUGGUGUUUGGGGGCUUUUAUCUUUUCUUUUUCACAGAGAAGAUCUUGAAGAUGCUUCUUAAGCAGAAAAAUGAGCAUCCUCAUGGACAUAGCCAUUAUGCCUCGGAGACGCUUCCUUCCAAGAAGGACCAGGAGGAGGGGGUGACUGAGAAGCUGCAGAAUGGGGAUCUGGACCACAUGAUUCCUCAGCACUGUAGCAGUGAGCUGGAUGGGAAGGCCCCUGGCAUGGAUGAGAAGGUCAUCGUGGGCUCACUCUCCGUCCAGGACCUGCAGGCUUCCCAGAGUGCCUGUUACUGGCUGAAAGGCGUCCGCUACUCUGAUAUCGGCACUCUGGCCUGGAUGAUCACCCUGAGCGACGGCCUCCACAAUUUCAUUGAUGGCCUGGCUAUUGGCGCCUCCUUCACCGUGUCUGUUUUCCAAGGCAUCAGUACCUCCGUGGCCAUCCUCUGUGAGGAAUUCCCACAUGAGCUAGGAGACUUUGUCAUCCUGCUCAAUGCCGGGAUGAGUAUCCAGCAGGCUCUCUUCUUCAACUUCCUUUCUGCCUGCUGCUGUUACGUGGGUCUGGCCUUUGGCAUCCUGGCUGGCAGCCACUUCUCUGCCAACUGGAUCUUUGCACUGGCUGGAGGGAUGUUCUUGUAUAUUGCUCUGGCUGAUAUGUUCCCUGAGAUGAACGAGGUGUGCCAGGAGGAUGAAAGGAACGGCAGCGUCUUGGUCCCCUUUGUCAUCCAGAACCUGGGCCUCUUGACUGGCUUCACCAUCAUGCUGCUCCUCACUAUGUAUUCAGGGCAGAUCCAGAUCGGGUAGAGUCCUGCCAGGAGCCAGCGGGAUUGGAAGUUGGCCCUCGGCCGCCCGGUCCCUGGCCGGAGGACUCGACACCCACGACGCACCUCUGAAGAGGCAGUUGUAUUAAAAACUGUAACACGGACUGUACUCCUGCAUUCAGAUGUCAGCUGUUUCUACACAUGCUCUGUCCUAGGAACAAGCCGCCCUGGCAACCAGGCUCUAGGUAGUGCCUCUCCCUCCCCUCCCCCUUCCUCCUCAGAGUGACCCUGGAACGGCAUGCAGCUUCCUUAGCAGGCAAGCCUCACUUCUCUCUCUGGCUACCCUGGCCUCUUUCCCUUCAAACCAGCACCACAAGGUUUUUGCGUCCUUGCCUGCGACACAAAAACACUGCCAGUGCUCAUGACUUGGUUAGCAGUAUCAGGAGGUGAGUCUGUGGUGUCAGGGCCCAUGAAUCUAAAUGUGUGUCCUGGGCCUCAGGAUGGUCCAUUUUGAAAUAAAUUCAUCUAUUUUUCCAGAGAAAAGGUACAGGAAACAAGAAUCCCUCCUAUUUUUUUCAAAGUCUGUCCAGUUGCCUGUUUUCUCAGAACUGAAAGUUGGAAUAGAGGUGUAAGGCAAGAGGAGGCGAGGCUCAUCCUGGCAAGGGGGGGUGGUGGAUAAAAGGGACACAGAAGCUGUGCCCUGUCACCAGGCUGUGUCCUGUCAUGCUCAGUUCCCAGUUAACCCUGGGAAACGGGAUGGUGAUGACGGGGCUGCUGCUGGCAUGUGCGGCUGUGCGGGGGAGCCACUGCUCCCUGCUGGUGGCCUCCUGUGCAGGGUCAGUUGCCCAGACUGCCUCCCCUGUCUUUCACAUUAACACCAAUAGAGUGGAGGCGGAGAAUGGAGGCCUGCGGGAAGUCAGUUGGUUUUGCUGUGAUUUCCACCUCCCCUUCCUCCCCUCUCCCGUCUUCUGAGAGACUUUUUAUCUGCCUCCCUAGAAGCACAUUUAUAAUCUUGUAUCAGAGGGGAGACUGCACAAAUUUCCCUCCCCGAUCAACACUUCUGCUGCAAAGUGGCAAGUUUCCAUGCAGAAUUGGGGGCAGGCAGCUCAUGCUCUUCUUAGACAAAGGUCAGAAAUGGUCAGAUCAGAAAUGGACUCGGGGCAGGCACGGUUUAGGAGUUGUUAAUUGCAUAAAUGAAAGUACAAGUGGCGGAAGUCUGAGACGGAAGGUGGGACACUGCAGAUGCUCGCUGAACAGGGGCUUCCUGAGGAGACCCUUUGAGUGGGUUUUAGGUUCCCCUCCCUCACCCCUAGCGAGAAAGGGUGACUCCUGUACCAGAUUGAACAUUCAUCGCACUGACCCUCUGCAGAAGACGGAUUGAUAGCCUUGUCUGUGAGAUUGUAGGCCAGCCCCAGGCACUGUGGAGCCCUCUCCUCAGAACUCUGGCUUCAAGGGGAGCUCAUCUCCAGGUUCACUAGGUGAAUUGAUUUAUUAUUAUCAUAUUGAUAAUGUGAGAUUCUUUAGCCACUUUGGGGAGCCCGUCUCUCCAGAAGCCUUUCUUAGUGGUGCCCACAGUUGCAGCCCAGGGGCUGUGUUCACUAACUGAUUUGCAUGCAUGACUGACGAGUGCUGGUCAUGGCCAACACCUGUGAGUUUUUCUGUUCUUACACAGGAAGACUUUCCACUGUACGGUAAUUAAAAGCCACGUCUAUUUUUUUUUUUUUCCCCUUCUUGGGAAAUGACCCCCCAAACCAAGAAUAGUCUUGAAAAGAGUAUGAGCGGGAAAACUGCUGGUGAUGCUUUGUAAGUUUUUCUCCUUCUCUUGCCUGUUGACCUGGGUAGAUUUGAGAAUGGGUUGAAGAAGAGGGAAAACUUCGAGUCCUCAAGAUUCUAGAGUAAAUAUCAGGACUGACUCCUGAUAGGAUUAUGGUCCAAUUUUACCAAAGAACCAAUUCCUUGAAUGUUGGAAUCUAACUUUUUAUAUUAUCAUUAUUUUUAUUAUUGUUGUUACGGUUUUAAAACGGUCCUUUGUCUUUUCUGUUUUAUUUUUCUCAGUGUCUGACAUUGCUUUCAGGAGCUAGUAGCAAAUAACACUCAAACUUUAAGACUUUACCGAGAGUUUUCUUUCCCUAAUUCACAUGGAUUUAUGAAAUUUAUAAUUUUAGCAUUCGCUGUAGACCUGCCAUUCCUUACAAAUACUGUUCUUCUUGGAGUAGAAUACUAAGUUAGAGUUAGUGGGUCCUAGUUUUAGGAGAAGAGCUUGAAAAUGUAAUCGUUAUCAAAUUUAAAAAGUAUGAAGUACUAGGGUGCUUUCCCUUUUCAUGCACAUCUGUAUUAACUUAAGAACUUACCUUUCAUAGACAGCUGCCUCAAAGGGAAAUUCUCUUUAAACCAUAACGGGUCCAGAGGCCAGUCCUUGUUGGAACUUGGUUGGGGUGAAGGCACACGAGUAGUAAACUGAGUAUCUGUUGUCAGUGGCGGCAGAUUGACCUCAGGCGUUGAACAUGUGGCGAUUCUCUUUUGAUUUUUAAGUAUUGGAUUUGCUUUUUAAGCAUUUGUACAUAUUAGACGUCUGAGGAGUAGCAGGUUUUGAGAACUUGUUCACCCCGGCAUUAGUGUCUUCCACGUCUUUUUCCAGGUGACCAGCUGCUAAUGUUAGCAAGGAAAGCUUACGUCAUGGGCAGGGGCAGUGACCCAGGAGCAGGCAGGUCACCUUCUGUCCUUGCCCCCAGACGUGGUUAGUAUCUUUUGUGUCUGGUGUUAGCGUCAGGCCUCAUUUGUCCUUUACCCUGGGUUUAAAAGAGAAGGUCUCUGUUGGGGUAUCCUAAGACCUGUCUUUAGUAAAUCCUCUUCCAAAGAGAUGGUAAUAUUCUGGAAGUCUGCUUAAAAACAAGAAGCUGUCUGAUAUUUGCAAAAGAGAGAGGUUAGGUUUUUUUGUUAUUCAUCUUUCCUUUUACAGUUCUGCAGUUCCAUCACAGUAUUUUUUUUAAUAACUCAGGUGUUAUGAGGAUAAAUUAGAAAAGAAAAUAACUUAUGUGGACUGUAAAUGUUUUAUUUGUAAGAUUCUAUAAAUAAAGCUAUAUUCUGUAUUGC